AUGGCUAUAGUGUAUAUCGAAGGUCUACCUGAUCCAUCUCCAGACACUCUUGCUGUGUACACCAAAUGUCGAGAAGAUCUCAACCAGUUGUACAUCGAGGCAUUCCAGCAAAUUCCGAAACCAGGAGAACAUUUUCCUUGGUUCACGAAAUAUCUUGCUACGACUGUGUGCGAGAACUUCAUUAUAUGGCCAGAAACUGUGAAAACUAAGAGACCAAAUGACAAAUCGAAAUGCAGAUCGAAAAUUGUUGAAACUAUCAAAGUGAUGGACAUUCCCGCUACCCACAAAGAGCUUCAACAUGAAGUAGCAAAAUGGAUGACACACAUUAAGUGCUCAGAAAUUGAAACGGCGAGUUUUAACGAAGAGUUGUUUGAUAGAUACUACGAAAGAAGAUUUGAAGAUCUCAUGGGCUGGAUCGACCCAAUAUUGGAAUUUAUUCAAAACUACCAGUCCGAUUUUCUCUAUCUGUCGGAUCAUGACGUGGAAACAAUACAUGGUCACAUAGAAAAAAUAAAAGAUCAAUACAAUCUUGGACGUCUAGGGUUGAAGCAAAGAGGAAGCUCUCCGAGAGAUCCAGAAUCCAAAGUUGAAAACCCAGUAGUUCGAGAAUUGGAAAGAGAACUAAAUCAUUUGAGAACCAGAAUUAUGAUUGGACAUACAUACAUAGAGAGUUUGGCACAGAACCCAAGAGAAAGUGUUGCCGCUCAACGAGAAAACGAAGCACCUCUAGACAAAAAAAUUGUCGACACUCUCGAGGAAAUCGUUGAAAUUGUGGACGCCUGGAAAAAAGAAUUUCGUGACCACGAAAGUCAGAAGUGCAUCGAGUCAGCAGACUUUUUCUUGCAAUACGUCACGGCGCAAUUCAAAGUGUUGCUUAAAAAAGAAACAGAACUCGGAUUCCUACGGAACGAUUCGUUCCGAAAGCCAGAAAAGAUGCAGAAGGAUCAUUUUUUUGACACGGAGACCAGUUGCGUCGAGCUAAGCAAAAUCAACGCAACACUUGGGACAAUUUUCACGCGAGACGCCUGGAUCACUCGCGAACUGAAGAAAAAAGCGCUGUCAAAGAAAGCCACUGUUAAUGCUCAAGUCGACAAAAAGCUAAUUAAGAAUUGA